CGGCCCGAGUCUCGACUCCUCCCCGGACUCCAUCUUCCUCCUCCGGGUCCCUCCCGUCUGUCCCAGCUGCCCCAGCCUGAAGCCCCCUUCGUUGGUCGCACGAUAGAGUCACUGGAGUGUUGUAUCCGGGAGGUGUCUGCGGCGUCGGACACAUAGGGCGGUCGCUCUGGCGUGGGGACGUUCUGUUUGGAAGUGAUGAACGGCUUUGCCUCCGGCGGGGGCCCCCGCCGCACUUGACCAUUUAACACUGAUUUCCCAAGCGUUGGAGUAACAGUAGAGAAAAAUGCCUAUUGGAUGCAAGGAGAGGCCAACUUUUUUUGAAAUUUUUAAGACGCGAUGCAGCCAAGCAGAUUUAGGACCAAUAAGCCUUAAUUGGUUUGAAGAACUUUCUUCAGAAGCUCCACUCUAUAAUUCUGAAACUGCAGAAGAUUCUGAAUAUAAAAUCAGCAGUUGUGAACCAAACCUAUUUAAAACACCACAGAGGAAACCUUAUCAGCAAUUGGCUUCAACUCCAGUAAUAUUCAAAGAGCAAGAUCUAACUCUGCCACUGUACCAGUCUCCUUUAAAAGGAUUAGAUAAAGACAGAUUAAAUCUAGAGAAUGAAAGUUCACAGUCCAGAGCAUAUGUCCCCUCACUGAAUUAUUCCAUUCCACGGAAGGAUGUCACCAACAGUAAGCAUGAAAGUUGUUGCACGAUGAAGACUAAAACGGAUCAAGCCAAUGAUAUUACCAGCCCACCUCUAAAUUCUGGUCUUGGUGAAAGUCCUGGUGUUCCACGAUGUACACAUGUGACACCACAAAGGGAAAAAUCAGCGGUAUGUGGAAGUUUAUUUCAUACACCAAAGCUUAUGAAGGGUCAGACACCAAAACAUAUUUCUGAAAGUCUGGGAGCCGAGGUGGAUCCUGAUAUGUCUUGGUCAAGCUCUUUAGCCACACCACCAACCCUCAGCGCUACUGUGCUCAUAGUCAGAGAUGAAGAAGCAUCUGCAGCUGUAUUUCCUAAUGAUACUACUACUAUUUUGAAAAGCUAUUUUUCUAACCAUGAUGAAAGUCUGAAGAAAAAUGAUGUGUUUAUCCCAUCUGGGCCAGAUAAUGAAAACAAAAAUCAAAGAGAAGCCAGAAGCCAUGGAUGGGGGAAUUCAUUUGAUAAAGUAAGUAGCUGCAAAGACCAUUUUAGAAAGUCAGUGCCAAAUGUCCUUGAAGACGACGUACAUGAAAACGUUGCAGAUGUUUCUGAAGAAGAUAGUUUUUCAUUAUGUGUUUCUAAAUAUAAAACGAGAAACGUUCAAAAACUAAAAACAAGCAAGACUAGGAAAAAUAUUUUCAGUGAAACAAAAACCAAUGAAUGUGAAGAAGCUAAAAAACAAGUGAAAGAAAAUAAACAUUCCUUUUUAUCUGAAAUGGGACCAAAUGACAGUGAUCCAUUAGAUUCAAGUAUAACAGAUCAGAAGCCCUUUGGGAAUGGAAGUGAAGCAGUGUCCGAGGCAGUUUUACCGUCUUCAGCCACUGGAUGGUCACCGCUGACCCUCUCGGGUCUAAAUGGAACCCAGAUGGAUAAAACACCCCUACUGCAUAUUUCUUCUUGUGACCAAAAUAAUUCAGAAAAAGAUCUAGUAGGCACAGGGAAAGAAUGUACCAACUUCGUUACUUUAGAAAAUUCUUUGCCAUGUAUUUCAGGUGUACCGAAAACAGAGACGCUACUAAGCGAGGAAACAGUGGUAAAUAAGAGAGCCGACAGGCAAUGCCUUGAAUCUCCCACUCGUGCGGUAAAGUACUCACUGGCUGAAACUUCCCUGAUGGCUUCUCCACUUUGGGGUGUCGAAAAGUCUGUACUCGGGAUCAGAGAAUUGCCUGAGGAGACAUCCAGUACGGUUUUCUCAAAUAAUAUGACUGAUCCCGACUUUAAAGGAGAACUUGAAGCCUCUGAAGGUAGAUCGGAAAUACACACUGUUUGCUCACAAAAAGAUAGUUCUUUAUGUUCAAGUUAUGUUGAUGGAAGCUGGCCAGCCACUAUCAUACACACUCCUGUGGCUUUGAAGAAUACGGGUUUGAUAUCCACUUUGAGAAAGAAAACUAGAAAGUUUAUUUAUGCUGUAAAUGAUGAAACAUCUCAUCAAGGACUAAAAAUGCAGAAAUGCCAGGAAUCAGGACUGAGUAACCAUUCAGCACAGUUUGAAGCAGACACUUUUGAAGUACCAUCCACAGUUACAAAUGCCAGUUCAGGUUUAUUGCACUCUUCUGUCAAAAAAAACUGUUUACAGAAUGAUUCUGAAGAACCAACUUUGUCUUCAACCAGCUCUUUGGGGACAAUUCCGAGAAAAUGUUCCAAUAGUGAAAGCAAUUCUUGCAAUAAUAAAAUAAUAUCUCAGGACCAUGAGUACAAAGAAGCAAAAAUUUAUAAAGAAAAACUGCAGUCAUUUAUAACCACAGGUACUGACUGUCUGUCACGCGUACAGGAAAAGCAUUGUGAAGAUGGCCCCAAAAGCCUAAGAGUUUCAGACAUAAAAGAAACCUUCUUACCUACAGUGUGUCACCCUGCAGUGCCACAGUCAGAAGUGCAGUGCAGUGGUAUUCACUUUCAGUCCCAGGAAAGCUUUGUACGUGACCAUGAUGAUACCAGCAUUUUAACUCCUAGCUCCAAGGAUCCUCCAUCAAACCCAGCUGUGAUUUCUAAAGAAAAAGAAUCAUAUGAAAUGUCAGAGAAAUUACAAUAUAAGAAUUGUGAAGCUGGUUUUGAUUUAACCAAAAAUAUUCUCGUGGAAAAGAAUCAAGAAAUACGUGUUUUAAACGAAAAUUCUAAAAAAGCUGAGCUGUUGUCACCUGAAAAAACCACAACAAUAGCAUCACCUUCUGUGACGGUACAGUUCAACCAAAACACAAAUCUCACAUUAAUUCAAAAAGAACAAGAAGAGACUACUUCAGUUUCAAAAAUAACUGCCAAUUCAAACUCUAAAAAACUUUUUCAAGACAGUGAGAAUGAUUUUGUCUUUGAAAUAACUACUGAAAAGAAUAUGCCCGUUUUAGAAAAUUUUAAGGAACUUCACGAGGCCGACCUCGGUUGUGUAAGAGGACCUGUUCUCAAGUCUGCCCUGGUGGUAGAUCACAAACAGGCAGCCAAAGGGUCUGUUAUUAAAGGUUUUGAUUCAUCAAAUAAAAUCCAUGAUCUUACAGAGAAGGACAGAAAUAACGUAACACAGCAACUAAAAAUGACUCUCAGUGAAGAUUCAAAAUCGGACAUCUCCUUGGACAUAGAUGAGAAAUCAAGCAGAAAUGAUGAUUGCAUGGACAAAUGGGCAAGACUCUCAGAUCCCAUUUCAAAUCACAAUUUUGGAAAUGGCUUCAGAACAGCUUCUAAUAAAGAAAUAAGACUCUCUGAGCACAACAUUAAGAAAAGUAAAGUACUCUUCAAAGAUAUUGAAGAAAAUUUUUGUACUGACUUAACUUAUGUUGAAGUUGUAAAUAUCUCAUCGUUAGAAAAUCAAAAGAAACUAAGCAAACCUCAUGCACUUAAUUCACAGUCAACUGACGUUGGAUCUGGGUGUGUGCAGAGUAGAGCGUUUGUUUCUAAUAGUGAAUACAGUCACAUAACUCCUCCAGCUUUAUCAUUAAAGCGAGAUUUUACUUCAGACCAUAAUUUAACACCUAGCCAAAAGGCAGAGAUUACAGAGCUUUCUGCUAUAUUGGAAGAAUCAGGAAGUCAGUUUGAAUUUACACAAUUCAGAAAACCAAGCCACAUGAUACAGAAUAAUCCAUUUGAAAUGCCUGAAAGCCAGCUGCCUGUCUUGAACGCCGCUUGUGAGGAAUGGAAAGACGUUGACCUUCAUCUCACAAUCGAUGCCCCAUCCAUCGGUCAGGCAGAGAGCAGCAGGGAAUUUGAAAGUAAGCAAAAGUUUGCUUGCUCGUUGAAAACCAACUAUAACAAAAGUACUUCUGGGUAUUUAACAGAUAAAAAUGAAGCAGUGUUCAGAGGCUUUUAUUCUGCUCGUGGCACAAAACUGAAUGUUUCUAGUGAAGCACUGCAGAAAGCUAAGAAACUGUUCAGUGACAUUGAGAACAUUAGUAGAGAAACUGACGCAGAAAUAGAUCCAAGGAAUUUAUUUUCAAAUAAAUGUGACCGUUCCGUUGUUUGGAUGUUUGACUUAGAAAAUUACAAUGAUAAAAGUCCUAAUGAAAAAAAUAAUAAAUGCCAACUAAUACAACAAAAUAACACUGAAACGACUACUGGUGUUUUUGUUGAAGAAAAUACUGUAGGUCACAAGAAAAACACAGAAAAUGAAGAUAACAGAUGUGCUGAUGCCAGUAGAAAUAUUUGUAACUUAGGAGAAUCUGAUAGCAGUGAUUCAAGUAAAGAUGGUACAGUUUAUGUUCAUGAAGAUGAAAACGGCUGGCCACGUGUCGAUCAGCACAAGGUACAUGUAAAACCACCUAGCCAGUAUACGAGGGAGGGGAACACUCAAGUCAAAGAGAGCGUGUCAGAUUUGACGUGUCUGGAGGCUGUGAAAGCUGAAGAAACACGUCAUGUUAAUAUGUCAGCGAAAGAACAGUUAACUGCUAAUACAACGGGGCAAAACAUCAAAUAUUUGGAUGUUUGGGAUAUAUCCUUUCAGACUGCAAGUGGGAAAAAGAUCAGCGUCUCCAAAGAUUCAUUAAAUAAAGUUGUAAAUUUCUUUGAUCAAAAAUGUGCAGAAGAAUUGAAUAACUUUUCAGAUGCCUUGAAUUCUGAAUUACUUUCUGGAAUAAAUGUUAACAAUAUGGACAUUUCAAGUCAUGAGGAAACAAAUAUGGUUAAAGAGAAAACAUCGAAAGAAAGUGACCCUGUUUGUGUUAAUAAUGAAUUACCAGCUCUCCUACCAGGACCAAAAUGUGAAAUCGAAAAGAUCAAAGAACCUACCAUGUUGGAUUUUCAUACAGCUAGUGGGAAAAGGGUAAAAAUUGCUAAGGAAUCUUUGGACAAAGUGGAAAAUCUUUUUGAUGAAAAACGAUAUAAUAGUGAAGCCACUCAUUUUAGCCAUCAAGGUACAAAGAUGCUAAAGGACAUAGAGGAAUGUAAAGAAGGGCUUGAAGUAGCACAUGAGACGGUUGAAAUAACAGCUGCCCCAAAGUGUAAAGAAAUGCAGAAUUCUCUAGAGGAGAAAAAAUUUGUUUCUAACAAGACUACCAUGCUGCCCGGGCUCUUAAGUGAUAAUUUAUACAGACAAAAUGAGAAUCUUAAAACGUCAACUAGUACCUCUCUGAAAAUUAAAGUACAUGAAACCAUAGAAAAAGAAACAGCAAAAAGUUCCACAACUCAUUACGUAAAUCCGUCCGUUUGUUCAGCCACAGAAAAUUCCGUGUUAGCAUUUUACACAGGACAUGGUAGAAAAAUUUCUGUGAGGGAGACUUCACUGCUUGAAGCAAGAAAAUGGCUUAGAGAAGGAGAAUUGGAUGAUCAUCCAGAAAAAACAAACGCUGCCAAGGUUACAUGUUUAAAAGAAUAUCCUGAGUAUUGUGUAGAAAAUCCUUCAUGUGGAAAUCACUCAAACAGUGUUAUAACUAAAAAUGACCAAAAUGCCUCUGAUAAACAAGAUUCAGCUUAUUUAAGUAACAGGAGCAUGUCUAAUAGCUCUUCCUACCAUUCUGACUUUGGCCAUUCCGAUGAGAUAUAUAAUAAAUCAGAAUCUCUCUCAAAACAUAAAAUGGGUAAUUCUGGUAUUGAGCCAGUGGUGACCAAUGUCACAGACGGAAAAACCACUGGUUUCUCAGAAGUGAAAUCCACUGUGAGAGAAGCACACACAUACCCACAAACUGUAAAUGAAGAUAUAUGUGUUCAGAAAUUCGUGACCAACUCUUCUCCCCGCAAAAAUAAAGAUGCAGCCACAGGAGAGGCAGGGUCCAAUUCAAAUGAUUUUCAGAUAGGGUCCCCUGCAUUCAGUACAGCAGGUGGUCAGGUGGUCCUCGCUUCACGUGGGAUGAAAGCGAGAGAGCAAUUUACAGACGCUUGCACAAAGGUCAUUAAACAAGACUCUGAGUGUGAAUCGGGCCCUGGCCAAGCACAAACAGAGGCAGGGGAUGACUCGGAGGACGUUAUUUUUCCUAACUCUCCGGACACUGUGCCUUCAUAUAAGGUUUUUGCUGACAUUCAAAGCAAACAGAGCCUACAGCACAGCCAAAAGAUGUUGGGAUCGGGGGAAGUUCCCGAAAUGUCACCUCGUUGGCUGGAUUCGAAAACUUCUGGUGUCUGUAAAUUGAACACAGGGCCACCUGCCAAGUCGGUCUCUUCUAUGCAGGCCUGUGGGAUUUUUAGCACGGCGGGUGGGAAAUCGGUACAGGUGUCGGGCACUGCACUGCAAAAGGCCAGGCAGAUAUUUUCUAGGCUAGAAGAGAGUGCCGAGCAGCUCGGAGCCAGAGUAGCCUUUGAACAUGAUGAAGAUCAUUCAGAGAAUGCCACAAGAAAAGACGAUACCGUGAUACGCACCCCCCAGAAUGUCCCGUCACUCCCUUUCUCUGGCUUUAGCACAGCAAGUGGAAAACAGGUGUCCGUUUCUGAAAGUGCCUUCAUCAAGGUUAAGGGGAUGUUAGCGGACUUUGAUUUCAACAGAGCUGAAUGUGCUCUGCAGCGUCCACCCUCGCCCCGACAAGAUGGGUCACAAAUGCCUCCACGCUCCUGGAUUGAUAAAGGAGCCCGAGAACAUUCCACAGACUCCGAAAUGGAAAAGGCCUACAGUGAAGAAUUUAAAUUACCAAAUAACAGCCCCACUGAAACCGGUCCCUCGGAACGCACGCACUCUACUGGCGUCUUGACAAACCCCUCUCAGCUUCAGGAAGACGAGCAGCGGUUGAUACUAAGAGGCAAAGCAUCGCUGGUUGAGGUUGGUCAUCUUUUGGGAAAAGAACAAGUUUUACCCAAAAAUAUGAAAGUGGAAAUUGGGAAAACUGAAACUUGUCCUAUUCUCCCCAUGAAAAAUAUAGAAAUUUCUUACUCCAAAGACCCAGAAAACUAUUUUGAAACAGAAGCAGUAGAGAUCGCGAGAGCUUUUAUGGAGGACGGUGAGCUGACUGAUUCUGAACUGCGGAGUCGUCCCGCACGCGCUCUUGCGUGCCAAAACAGCGGGGAAACCAGUUCAUUAAAUUCAAGAACGGGAAAAAGAAGAGGAGAGGCACUUUUCUCGGUCGGAGAACCCCCAAUCAAAAGAAACUUGUUACAUGAAUUUGACAGGACAAUAGAAAAUCAAGAAAAAUCCUUAAAGUCUUCAAAAAGCACUCCUGAUGGCACAAUAAAUGAUAGAAGAUUGUUUAUGCAUCACGUUUCUUUAGAGCCAAUUACCUGUGCACCCUUUUGCACAAGUAAGGAACGGCGAGAGACUCACACUCCACACUUUACAGCUCCUGGUCAAGAAUUUCUAUCUAAAUCUCAUUUUUAUGAACACCUGACUUUGGAGAAAUCUUCAAGCAAUGUAUCAGUUUCGAGGCAGCCAUUUUGUAAGGUCCCUGCCACAAGAAAUGAAAAAAGACACUCGAUUACUACAGGCAAACAGAUGAAAGUCUUUGUCCCGCCUUUUAAGACGAAAUCACAUGUUCACGAAGAUGAACAGUGUGUUAGCAGCUGUACUACUUUGGAGGAAUGCAAACAAAAACAAAAACACAUAGGCAAACACAACUCUGGUGUUAGUGAAAAUAAUAUUGAUGACAGUGAAAUCUGUCAGCCUAACAAAGAUAACGCCAGUCAAGCAGCAACCAUAAUGUCCACAAAGUGUGAAGAACCACCUUUAGAUUUAAUUCCAAGUCUUCAGAAUGCCAGAGACAUGCAGGAUAUGCGGAUUAAAAAGAAGCACGGGCAGUGCGUCUGUCCCCAGCCAGGCAGUCUGUCCCUUGCCAGGGCGUCCGGCAUGCCCCGAGUCCCCUUGCGAGCAGCAGUGGGAGGCCGCCCACCCUCGGCAUGUCCUCCUGAACAGCUGUACAUGUAUGGCGUCUCUAAACACUGCGUAAAAAUUAACAGCAAAAACGCAGAGUCUUUUCAGUUUCACAUUCAAGAUUAUUUUGGUAAGGAAAGUUUGCGGGCUGGAAAAGGAAUCCAGUUGGCUGACGGUGGCUGGCUUGUACCCUCCGAUGAUGGAAAGGCUGGAAAGGAAGAAUUUUAUAGGGCACUGUGUGACACCCCAGGCGUGGACCCCAAGCUCAUCUCUAGAGUUUGGGUCUACAAUCACUAUAGAUGGAUCAUAUGGAAACUGGCAGCCAUGGAAUUUGCCUUUCCCAAGGAAUUUGCCAGCAGAUGCCUAAAUCCAGAGACAGUGCUGCUUCAGCUGAAACACAGGUAUGAUAUAGAAAUUGACAGAAGCAGAAGAUCGGCUAUAAAAAAGAUAAUGGAAAGGGAUGACACGGCUGCAAAAACACUUGUUCUCUGUGUUUCUGAAGUAAUUCUGUCAAGUACACAUCUAUCCGAAACUCAUAGUGGUAAAACCAGCAGCGCGGAAGCCAGCAAAGCGGCUGUCGUGGAACUGACAGAUGGCUGGUACGCCAUCAGGGCCCAGCUCGACCCUCCCCUGUCGGCGCUCCUGCAGACGGGCAGGCUGGGCGUCGGCCAGAAGGUCGUCACUCACGGAGCUGAACUGCUGGGCCCUCCCGAGGCCUGUUCCCCUCUGGAAGCCUCAGAAACUCUCAUGUUGAAGAUUUCUGCCAACAGCACACGGCCUGCAUGCUGGGACGCCAAGCUUGGGUUCUGUACGGACCCCAGACCUUUUCCUGUCCCCUUGUCAUCACUUUUCAGUGACGGAGGAAACACUGCUUGUGUCGACGUGGUUAUCCAAAGAGCAUACCCUGUCCAGUGGGUGGAGAAGACUUCGUCUGGAUUAUACAUAUUUCGCAAUGAACGAGAAGAAGAAAAGGAAGCAGCAAAAUAUGCAGAGACCCAACAAAGGAAACUGGAAGCCUUAUUCACUAAAAUUCAGGCAGAAUUUGAAGAGCAGGAAGAAAAUAUAAGCAGACAGUGUCUGCCGUCGCGCGCUCUAACCAGACAGCAAGUCCGUGCCCUGCAGGAUGGUGCCGAGCUCUAUGAAGCCGUGAGGGCCGCGCCAGACCCCGCUUACCUGGAGAGUUAUUUUAGUGAAGAGCAGUUGAGAGCCUUGAAUAAUCACAGACAGAUGUUGAAUGAUAAGAAGCAAGCACAGAUCCAGCUGGAAUUCAGGAAGGCUGUGGAAUCUGCUGAGCAAGGGGACCAGGUGUCAUCAAGGGACGUUACAACUAUGUGGAAGCUGCGAAUAAUCAGCUAUGAGAAAAAAGGAAAAGAUUCAAUUAUACUGAGUAUCUGGCGUCCAUCAUCGGAUUUAUAUUCCCUGUUAAGAGAGGGACAGAGAUGCAGAAUCUAUCAUCUCGCAACAUCAAAACCUAAAAAUAAAUCCGGACGUGCUAACCUGCAGUUAACAGCGACAAAACGGACUCAGUAUCAACAACUGCCGGCUUCAGAUGGAAUCCUGGUCCAAGUUUACCAGCCAAGGAGGCCCCUUCCCUUCCCCCAGCUCUCGAAUCCAGACUUCCAGCCGCCCUGUGCUGAGGUGGACCUGAUAGGAUUUGUUAUUUCUGUUGUGAGGAAAAUAGGUCUUGCUCCUUUGGUCUAUUUGUCGGAUGAAUGCCAUAACUUACUGGCAGUAAAGUUUUGGAUCGAUCUGAAUGAAGAAAUUAUUAAACCGCACGUGUUAAUUGCUGCGAGCAACCUCCAGUGGCGACCAGACUCCAAAUCAGGAAUUCCUACUUUAUUUGCUGGAGAUUUUUCCGUGUUUUCUGCCAGUCCAAAGGAGGGCCAUUUUCAAGAGACUUUCCACAAAAUGAGAAAUGCUAUUGAGAAUGUUGAUAGAUUUUGCAAUGAAGCAGAAAACAAGCUUAUGCAGAUACUUCAUGCAAACAAUCAUCAGUGGUCCACCCCAACCAAACGCUGCACUUCAGAGUCACACGCUGCUCAGACGGCCCUUGGUCUAGGCAGUAGGCUUCUGAUGUCUUCUCCCACCAAUGAGAUGAACAGUCAAAGUCCUUUAGCACUUUGUAAGGCAAAAGGGAAGUCUGUUCCCACACCUCCAUCUGCCCAAAAGGCUUCAAAGUCUUGUUGUAAAGGAGAGAAAGAGGUUGAUGACCCCAAAACCUGCAAAAAGAGGAGAGCCCUGGAUCUCUUGGGCAGACUGCCUUUACCUCCUCCUGUCAGUCCCAUCUGUACAUUCGUUUCUCCAGCUGCACAGAAGGCAUUUCAGCCACCACGGAGUUGUGGCCCCAAAUAUGAAACACCUAUGAAGAAAAAAGAAUUGAAUUCUCCUCAGACAACUCCACUUAAAAAAUUUAAUGACAAUUCGCUUCUGGAAAGUGAUUCGAUAGCUGACGAAGAGCUUGCGUUGAUUAAUACGCAGGCCCUCUUGUCUGGUUCAGCGGGAGAAAACCGACUUGCAUCUCCCGGUGACCCCACUGGUGCUCUGCUAGGACUGCUCAAAAGGUGAUCUGGGAGCCACCAGGCUCCCCACCACCCUGUGUCGGGACGAGAGCGGCCCCACAGCAGGGCCAGCGCCCAGGAGCUGGGGCCUCACGUGCAGGACGCAAGCGUGAUCAUGAACCUCCCCAGAGACUGCAGAGGCAAGGGAAAGGCUGAUACACUGGUGACAGACUCUUUGCCUCUCAGUCCAACACAGCUUCAAACUGCUGCUCGUCUGUAUCUGCAGAACGAGAAGGGAAGUGGUUCCCAGUCUGCAUGCUCGCGUGUCACAGGAGUGACACGCUUUGCCGCCUUCUCCACUGGAAAUCUCUCAAAACCGACUGAUAUUCAUUAACGAAUCAAGACAAAAAUCUCUGACUGAAAAAAGAUCUUUAUGACUGAUUUGAUCACUACAAGUAUUUUACAAAUGAAAUAAACGUAACUUUUUUUUUAGAUUGUGUCCUUAAUUAAAUGAAACUAGGGUUCUAAGUAGUUAUGUUGACCUGCAUAAUUCCUUUUACUUUAGUUUCCUAUAUUAGGUGUUUUUUUUGCAGUAACCCACUGUGAGCCAGUUUUCCCAAAUGCGUGCGUUGGUCCUGCUGUAGUUCUACCCUAAUGAAACGUCGGAUGAGUAAGAUGUGACAGUGGGGUUUUCUUCUGACGAUUAUUCACCCUUAAGUCAGCGUGACUAUAAGAAAAAUAGAACUCUCAGCGUAAUUCCUUUUUCUGAUUACAAUGUGAUCUUUGAAAUUAUUUCAAUUAAAAUACAAGCACUUUAAAGCAGAAGCAGA